GGGAGCUCUCCUCCUGAGAGCACACAGUCCGCAGAAACACUAAAUCAGUGCGGAGCGAAGGAGAGGAGCUCAUCCAGAUCGAUGCCAGACUCACGCUUGGAUUUUUUUCUUCUUCUAGAGAGUUUCUCUUUUUUUAAAUGAAGAAAAGCGACAUUAAAAUUACGUCUCCUGGUUUAUUUUCCAAAAUUUGGAAUAUUUGUCUGGAUUAAACUCGAGCAUUCUCGACGCGCAGAAACCUUAUUCAGAAGUUACAAGGGAUUAUUUCUUCUCAGCGCGCCAGUUUGGGGGAGAUUUUCGCAAUAAAAGAAGAAGAAGAAAAAGAAGAAACCUGCAGGUCGACUUUGUCUAGGGGCUUUUUCCAACUCUGCUGUCCCAGAAAUGGUGGGGCACCUACAUUUACAAGCGAUGGAUGAGAGCCUCAAAGGAAAGAACCGUGAAGGGCUGCUCGACAGUCCGGACUCGGGCUUGCCCCCCAGUCCCAGUCCGCCCUUCUGCUCGCUGUCUCCGGCUCUGAUCGAGUCGCGCUCCGGCGGCUGCGCGACGCCCGUCGACAGCAAUCAUGGAUGUUACAGAAAGGAGAGCAGAGAGGGCAAGCUGCUGCCCUACCUCCUGCUGAACUGUGCAGGAACAGACCCGAAGUCUCGCAUGCACCCGGUGUUCUACGGAGAGAGCAUCGAGGUCAACACCAAACCGGAGCAGGAAAUCAAGUGCACGUCUGCGGUCAAGUACGACUCCGACAAGCACUACCGAGACCGGGUGGUGUGCGCCCCGGUUCCCAUGCCCACUUCCUUCAGCGAGACGGUGGUGGUGGUGCAGAACUGCACUUGGAGAAGCUACAAGACGCAGGUGUACCUGGAGCCGCGGCAGAAGCCCGUCAGCUACCAGAGCACCACCAUCAUCUACCCAAAACACGCCAAGAACACUUACCGCACCACCCUCAACUACAACCCCACGGGCGCCCGCCGCUGGUUCGUGUCCACGGUGCAGCUGGAGUCCAGCGAGGACACGAGCCCCUGCGUCAUCUACACAGAGGACCUGUAGGGCUACAUGGCGCCAUCAAGGGGACUUCAUACUUCAUUUGAACUUUUACCUUUUUUAAAAAAAAAAAAACAAAAAAAAAAUAGUGUGUUUUUCUCACGAUAAGGAAUUUGGACAGAUCCACACCGAAAGAGAAGUGCCUGGAGUUUUAAACCCCCGCUCUUAAUCUGGGAGUCAGACUAUUUUUGAUUUUCUUGAAUAGGGCUGUUGGUGCUCUGCAGCUGCCCUGCAGUGACUAAUGUCUUAUUUAACAAGAGAGCUAACAAGCUCAGGGCCCGUGCUCCCCCUUCUGGUGGGACUGGAGCCUUGGUGACGGUAACUUUCAGAUUCCUGGUGUCUGUAUAUAGAGAAAAGGGGAAAAAAAAUUAUCGACACGUACUGUGGAUUUUUACCCAGUCAUACCGAUGCAAAGUGUUCUGAAUAUGGCUCUAUUGCACUUGUUUUCUACAUGUCGCAGUUCCCUCAGAGGACCUGGCGUAGUGGUGGGGAAUUUCUGUGCUGCGUCUGAAAAGUGGACCAAAAAUAGUUUAUUUCCUUUGAGUAACUCCAUACGCUGGAGACCAAAAACUCCACAAGCGACUCUGAGCAGCAUCUCUUCUCGUCAGCCGAGGUGAAACUGAGGACCCGAGCACACGGUGAUCUGAAACCCACGCCAGAUAAUCACCAACUCAGCUUACUAUUUUGAACUUGGUAGACAGGAUCAUAUCUUGUUGGCGCUGAAGGGCUGCGAUGAAAACGGUGGUCACAGAAAUUAGGCUGACUUAGUUUUAUUUAUUAAAAUGUAGAAACUAGAAUUACUUGGGACUGUGUGGCUGUAAGACUACAUUGUCUGAACUUAAGGGAAAAGUGGAGGGAAGGGCCAUUUAGGAAAGGUGAGCUUAUUUCACACAGGAAAUAAAAACUAAAGACAAGGGAGCAAAUUUAUUUAGUAUGAAUCCAGAACAGUUGGGCACAGAGGCUAGCAGCUAGUUUGAGAGGAGCUGAGACCAAAGCUAAUUUCUUCCAUUUUAAAACAAAUUUAACAACAGAUCAUAGUGGCCAAUGCAAAAGCUCAUUUAUAAACUAUUUAAAUCAUGUCACGUCUGAAUCGGGCGCUUAUUUACAUCAAUGACUGUUCGGUCGGUGGAAGUGCAACACCAAUAAGCUUCCUGUGGAAAACAGAUCUGAAUGGAACGUGACUCAUCUUUAGUAAUAACACUAAAUUUAAACUUAAACGCUAAUUUAGUGAUCUUGACUCUGCUUUAUUUUUGUGCCGUAUAGUUACCCUGACCUGAACAUGUUCUCUGCUCAGUACAUGUUUCAUACAGGAAGAUCACUGGUAACGGACCGCCGCCAACGAGCCUCGUCACGUGAAGAACCACCCAACGCAGUCGGGACAAUGUUGCUGUUAGCUUCGUUCUUCAGGACCAGCUAGUCUGAGAGUAUGCUAAAUAAAGGCACCAAGAGAGUUAAAUACAUUCAAGACAAUCAUUUACAUAUAUGUAAAAACUCCCUGAUGUAAUGUGCAAAAUAAAUGUUGAGGUUUUUGAAACCAGAAAGAACUUAAUUGGAUGUUAAAACUAAUAUUACUUGCAAAUCUUAUUUUAUAUUCCAUGAAAUUAUCGGUGUGGAGCCAUUUCUGAUCCAGUGUGUGUACGUAGUUUUUGUCUCCACAUCCAGUGUGUCCAAAGCAGAGCCAUGAAACCACAUGAGAUCUCCCUAGUGAAGAAAUUAGGGGUUUCUCUGCUCCUUAUGUGCGUCUCAAAUAUAUAUAUAUAUUUCAGGUUGCUGAAUAGGACAACUAUUCAGACUUUACCUCAAAUUUCCCGUGGUGUUUUAUUACAAAUAUGUAUUCCUCUUUUCUGGUGAGGUUUAGAGUUUGUCUUUUUUGUUGUUUUUGCAGGAUUAUUAUUAUUUGAAGUGGGCAUGAGAUGCCAGAGAAAGUGCUGUAGCUACCAGAAGGUGCUGCACACUGCCACACAGCUGCCUGAAAGAAGGUCAAAAAGAAAAGAAAAAAAAAGACAAGUUUGGCUGCUUGGAAACUUGGGUGUGGAAACAAAGGACUGGCACAGAUCACUUGUGUUCACACAUCAUCAUUUGGGAAAUUAGCAUAUAAAUCUGGGUGCUGUCGCCAUGGUAGCACCACAUUUUAACGUCCUGGCCCAUGCCUAGUUUGAGGGAACCUCCGGGUCAGAGUGGAGGCAGACCAACAGGACGUAACGCUGAGGCAGUGCAGUGAGACGGAUGGCACUGAGGGGACAACAGUAUGUAGAUAGAAAGAGCUGAGAAAGAAGAAAUAUUUGCAAAGAAUGAAUAUGUAAGAAAAGGGAAAUAGUUCUCACUGAGCUUUUUGGUUUUUUCCUACCAAGCCAGAAGUUCCUGGGAGGUUUGAGUUUGCCUUGAGUUGACGGUCUGUGAGACGUUUGGUUCUGAUGGAAGAAAGCCGACAGAUCUUAUAUUUAAUACCUUGGUGGUUUUAUGUGUGAUAAUUUUCUUUUUUUUUUUGUCUAACACUUGACAUAACAUUUGAUACUGUAAAAUAUUGUCCUAUUGUAUAUGUGGCAUCAAGGCACUUCAUAAUUCUCUUUAUAUUUUUGUACGUCAAUCAUUGUUCCAGUUCCAAUGAGAGGUAUUAUUUAAGAAGAUGUAUAACCUUAAUGAAUAAUAAAAAAAAACAAGCCGAUUCCCAAACGGUU